AAAGCUGUAAAUAUAUAUGCAAAAUUUGUAUAUGACAUUUUACAUCUAAACAACAGCCGCCAAAACAUUUAUUAAGUGAUAAGAAUUGUAAUCAUUACAUAUUGUAGAAUUUCGAACAUUUCUUACGUGUUGGUGUUACUUAAAUAUUUUUUUAAUAAAAAUUCAUAAAUACACCAAAUCUUGAUACAUUUAAAAACAUGUCAGCUCUCCAAAAAUCUAUACUCAAAUCUAAACUACCUCCGUCUGGUUUAGACUUUACUUCAGGAAGAUCAUGCAAGGCAAGAGCACUCCAAAAAAAACGAGAUUAUGAUCCUGUGGAAUGGAAUCCUUAUUUCGAUGAAUCUAAAGAUAUUGUGAUAGGCGAUAAUAUAUUUCAUAUUUAUACUGCAGGCGAUAAAGGUCCAACAUUAGUUUUACUUCAUGGAGGAGGAUACAGUGCACUUACUUGGGCAGAAUUUACUAAAUCAAUUAUGUCUAUGGUAAUAUGUAAAGUCUUAGCAAUAGACUUAAGAGGUCAUGGAGAUACUCAUUCUACUGAUGAUACAGAUUUAUCAGUAGCUACACUAGCAAAAGAUGUUGGAGCAGUAAUAGAUGAAGUCGUUAGAGAGAAUCCAGUAGUCUUAGUGGGUCACAGUAUGGGUGGAGCAGUAGCAGUAAGAGCUGCAGAAUUCGUGAAAAAUUUAGUUGGUCUCAUAGUAAUUGAUGUUGUUGAAGGAACAGCAAUGGAUGCUUUAACAUCGAUGCAAAGUUUUCUAAGAUCACGACCAGCUAGUUUCAACUCUAUUCCUCAAGCUAUUGAGUGGUGUGUAAGAAGUGGACAAAUAAGAAAUAUACAAUCUGCAAAAAUAUCUGUUCCUGGGCAGAUAAAAAACACACAAAGCAAUAAAUUAGCAACUCAUGAUAUAAAAGAUUUAUUAGCUUCUUCGACUCCUCAUAAUGAUGAUAAUUUAUCAGUAUCGAUUGAACGUGAAGAUGUUAUACCUGAAGACCAAGUUAUAGAAAAUAAAAGUAUUAAUGAUGAAUCUGAAAUGCAACCGCCAACUUCAAAUGAAUUGUCAAGUGAAAUGAAAAAAUAUGUUUGGCGAAUUGAUUUAGCAAAAACAGAAAAGCAUUGGUCAGGAUGGUUUAAAGGUUUAUCUGCAGCAUUCUUAAAUGUUCCUGCUCCAAAAAUGUUGCUGCUUGCAGGCGUCGAUCGAUUAGAUCGAGAACUUACUGUAGGCCAAAUGCAAGGGAAAUUUCAAAUGCAAGUUUUACCAGCUUGUGGACAUGCAGUUCAUGAAGAUGUCCCUGAUAAAGUAGCAGAAACAAUAGCAACAUUUAUGGUGAGGUAUAAAUUUGCUGAACCAAUGUCAGAUUUUCAUCGAGUAUUUCCAGCUUGCUAGACAAUAAUAAUUAACGAAACACUGUCAAAGUAUAAUACGUUUUACGCAUGUAAAUAUUUAGCACAUAAGCCGAUGGGAUCUUUCAUAAUGACGCACGGGCCUGCUCGUCCAGUUCUAAGAGGUGCAACCUAAUAAAGUAGAAUACACGCAUUAUUUCAAAUAAAAUAACGCUCCUGACAAUGUAAAUUAAUGGACUAAUAAAUUCUAUAACUUUAGAUGUAAAAAAAAAUGAUCAGAAAAAAAUGGUUAAUGAAUAUAUACAUACUUGAUGCCAUUCAUUAAUAAUUGGAUCAUAAGUUUCAACAAGCGUUAAAUAUUGUUGACCAUCAUAUCCACCAACGGCAAAAAGUUGAUCUCCAAGUAGACAAACGCCAACAGCAUCUCUUGCUACACUCAUUGGCGCUACCAUAGUCCAAGUAUCCGUUUUGGGAUCAUAUCUAAAUAGUUGAAUGAGGUAAAAAGUAAUUGCCUCGUACUUGAUAUAUAUAUGAUGAAAAAAUAAUAUUAUAUUAACUUACCUUUCAACACUAUCAUAUCUGCAAGCGUGAGAACCUCUUGAUGCUAAAUCAUAUCCACCAAGAGCAUAAAUACAUCCAUUUGCUACUCCUACACCUACUCCACCUCGUCUUUUAGACAUUGGAGCACAACUAGUCCAUUUAUUUGUAUGAGGAUCAUAACAGUCGACAGUAUUUAAACAAGAAUUUUGAUCUCUUCCUCCCACUGCAUAUAAUCUGAUAAAGUUUAUGUUUAUAUGCAUACAGUGACACAUAAUUGAUAGAUAAUUGUGGACAAUCAUCACAAGCAAUAGAGAUGAGAAAACAUACUUAUCAUUUAAUACUGCUACACCUACGGUUGUUCUUGGUCCUGGCAUAGGCGCAAUAAAACUCCAUUCUUCAUUAUUUGGAUCCCAUCUUUCAACAGUUUGAAGAAAACUCCAACCAUCGUGUCCUCCAACGGCAUAUAAAGGACCUCCAAGUACUGCAACGCCUAUAAAAAAUUUUAAAAUCAUUAAAAAAUAUUUUUUAACAUUUUUGUGCAUCAUUUACAUGUAAAUAAACUAAUUUUAUAUUGAA